AUGUCUUUCGUUUCGUUUCUUGACUUUAUUCCGACCAUAACUUCAAUUGUAUUAAAACAUUAUACCGAAGGCCCACCUAAAAAAUCAUGGAAUUUAAAAUCCCAUCUGGCAGUAGCAAUGAUUAAAGACGAUAGUAGUCGAUUAUCAAAAGUUCCUAUUGAAAAAGCUCAAAAGGCAAUGGACGAUGCUUUUAAGAAUAAACUUCUUCCUAAUACAACUAUAAAGGGUGUUAUAUUAGAUGAGGAAUAUAGACAAAAGAGUAAAACGUAUUUAGAAAAGAUUUUGAAACAAUAUGAUGAUGU